GACGCGGGAGGCCGCCCUCUUGGAGGCGCUUGGGGUCACGACCAUCCCCGAGGCUCACGUGGUGAAGGCCGACGCGGGGACCGUGGUCGCGGUCGAGAAGAUGGUGCCGACGAUCGAGCCCAAAUCCGAGGAUCAGGUCGACGUGGAGGCUGCUGGUGCGGUCGCGUCCGCCCCUGUGAACCAGGUCGUGAAGGUCGACGUGGAGGCCGCGAACGUAGAGGUGACCCAGCCUGCCGUCGCAGGGGACACAUUUGAUGCGCAAUUCGUUGAGCAGACUGUUGACCAGCCUCUAGUGUUCGUGGAGUCGCUGGUCGGCGUGGAGGUCACGGAAGGCGACCUCAUCGUUUGGCGCGUGGAGCAGACCGAAGAUAGCAUCCAGACGCAGGCCCAGCGCCGGGAGCACGCACGCGUGAUCCAG